AUGUUUAAAUCGACGCAGAAUAUUUCCGUUGGGCAAGAAUAUAUGCACAUAUCCGUACCGCAUACGAUUCCUGCAAGUGCGUACAAACUCCGUACCAAAGUUAUUACACCUUUCUCGAAGAUGCAGAGUUUAUAUGAUGAUGAUUAUGAUGACGAUGAUAAUGAUGAUGAUGCAUUUGAAAGAAAAAUAUUACGACAAAUAUAUGGACCAAUUAGAUUAAGCAAUAAUGAAUACAGAAGAAGAUUUAACGAUGAAUUAUAUGCACUUACACAGAACGAAGACAUAGUAAAGUUUAUAGAAUCCCAACGAUUAAGAUGGGCCGGACAUGUCAUAAGAAUGCCCGAAAACAGAGAUCAAAUACAAAUACUAAAUGCAAGAGCACUGCUAACAAGAGCAAGAGGACGACCAAGAAAUAGAUGGUUAGAUGACAUAGAAUUCGAUGCGAGAAAAUUAGAAAUUAUAAACUGGAGGACGACUGCAAGAGAUAGAUCAAAUUGGAGGGAAAUAGUGAAGAAGGCUAAAGCUCAUCAAGGGCUGUAA